AUGGCAUCCAUGGCUUCUACUCUCACCUCCUCCUCCCUCGCCACCAAGCUUCAGAAGUCCUCUCUCCUCGACUCCUCCUUCCAUGGCACUCCCGUGGUCCGCCUUCAGCCCGCCAAGGCUGCCACCAACUCCAACAGCCAUGGCCUCUCUGUUUCCAUGUCCGCCAACGGUUCGACGCCGUCGUACGAUCUUAGCGCCUUCAAGUUCGACCCCAUCAAGGAGUCCAUAGUCUCCAGGGAGAUGACCAGGCGCUACAUGACCGAUAUGAUCACCUACGCCGACACCGACGUCGUCGUCGUCGGCGCCGGAUCCGCCGG